AUGCUUACAAGUUCUAAUUAUUGUUAAGAGCAUCAGAAUAGUAAAAUUGUUGGUAUUUGUAUUACAAAUUAAACCAACGAACUUUUGAGAAAGGUUUGCAUGGAAUGUAGUUUAAAAUUUAAAAUUCCUAAAGAAUAAAUAAUAUCCUUAUAAGAUUUAUAGAGCUAAUUACUUAUAAAAUCUAAUUAGUUAAAUAAGAACAAGAUAUUGGAAUCUAACAAAAUUAUGAAAACAUUGAAAUAUAAAAUUGAAUAAAGUUAGAAAGAAAUAACUUUAAUAAUGAAAAAUAUAAGAGAUUAAGUUGAUAAGAUCAUUGAAGAUUAAUCGAAAGAGGAUGAGAGAUUUCUGAAACUCGUUAAUGAAAAUUUGAAUCCUUUUGAAUGUUCUUAAGCAGAUUUAGAGUUCCUUGUCAAAUUUUUAAAAGAAGACACUUUUGAUGAAUGGAUUUAGAGGAAACAAUUGGUUACAUCUAAAAUAUAGAAAAUAAUUGUAUUUGUAGAAAGAAUAGUAUAAAGUGGAUAUAAUUUAAAUUUUCUUCUUGAUUAAGUUGAUAAUAAUUUAUAAAGCGCUGAUAACAAAAAAAAAGAAACUAUUCUCCGAUUAAAAGGAUUAAAAGGGUAAAACAAUAAAUUAGUGAACACAACAUUUUAUCUCAUCGAUAAAUAAAAUGGAGACAAAGUUUAUAAAAAAGAUAGUUAGAUACUUAGGAUGUAUAUUAUUUUUUUAUGUUAGAGAAAAGUUUAGAUUAGGAUAACUAAAUGAACAAAUAUUAUUUAACUUGGAAUAAAUGAAAUAUUUAGAAUAUAAAGGAUAAUACGGAAUAAAAGGAUAUAAAAUAAAAUAAUGGAAUUAUUUUUGGAAAGGAUAAUAAGUAGGAGGUGGACAUUAUAAUAUAUUUGGAUAAAAAGAAGGAAAAUGGGUUGAUUUGUGUGAAAAUUAUUGGGAGUAUGAAUAUUAUUAAUUCAUUUUAGUUAAAACAAUGUAAUUGAAGAAGGCCAUUAUUGGAAUGAUAGAAGAAUUGGUGUUUGGAAAAUUCAGUGGAAUAAUUAAGUGAUGUAUAUUUUUUUCUGAAAUUUACCUAGUGGAGGGGGAUCUUACGAUAUAGAAGGAGAAGGCAGAAAAAAAGGAAAAUGGAUUGAAAUAACUAAGUUCCAAAUAGAUUCUUAAGUUUCAAAAGAAGGAGAAUAUCAAAAUGGUAAGUAGGAAGAUGGGAUAUUUUUAAAUUUAAAAGAGGAUUAUUUUAUUGGCUGUAAAUAAUAGUUAAUAAAUCUAUGUAGUGGUUUUUCUAUUUAUGACUUGCAAGGAAAUUUAAGUUAAGAAAAAUAUAAGUAUGAAUUGAUUACUCUAAUGUUUUUUAGCAAAAAUCAUAUUAUUUUUAAGGGAAAUUACACUAAUGCUAAAAAAUAUGGAAAAUGGGAUGUAUGGUUUAAAGCAAAUAAUAGAAAUUGUGAGAAACAAAUAAUGUAAAUUGUAAUAUAAAUAAGUUAGUGGGGGAGGAUCAUAUGACGAAGAAGGAAAUUGGGUUAAAAAUGGAAGGUGGAUUGAUUUAGAUGAUGGUUUUGAAUUGAAAAAAUAAAUUACUUACAAUGGUGAGUAUAGAAAUGGGAAAAAAAUUGGUAUAUGGAAUAUUUUGUAUAAAGGAGGAAAGAUGUAAGCAAAAUUAUAUAAAGGUCAUUAUUAUAACUUUCUUAGUGGUGGAGGAUCUUAUGAUGAGAGAGGUGAGGAAAUUAAGAUUGGAGAAUGGAUUGAAAUUGGUUAGGAAUUUAAUGAUGAUUUUUUAAUAACCAAUAAAGGUGAAUAUAAGGAUGGUAAAAAAUUUUGUAGAUGGGAUAUUCUAAUUGGUGGAAAAUAAUAGUAAGAAAGUAUUGCAUAUAUUUAUUAGUGGUGGUGGAUAAUAUUAAGAGGAUAGUAAUAACAGUAAGAUUGGAAAAUGGAUUGAAGUUACUGAGGAAUUUAAAGAUUACUUUUAAAUAACUUAUGAAGGUGAAUAUAAAAAUGGGAAAAAGUUCGGUAAAUGGACUAAUUUGAUUAAAGGAAAAAAAAUGUAAUUAAUUUGAUUAAAAAAUGAUUAGUGGCGGUGGAUAGUAUGAAGAAGAUAUUAAAAACAGUAAGAUAGGAAAAUGGAUUGAUGUUACUGAAGAAUUUAAAGAUUAUAAUUAAAUAAUCUAAAAGGGUGAAUAUAAAAAUGGUAACAAGUUUGGUAGAUGGGAUGUGAUAUUUUAAGGAAAAUGCUAGUAAAAAAUAUUACAUCAAAACUUUUAGUGGUGGUGGAUUCUAUAGUGAAGGAGAUGGUAAUGUUAAGAUAGGAAAAUGGAUAGUCUUAGAUUAUGAAUUUAGAUUAGUAAAAUAAGUUACUUAUUAUGGUGAAUAUAGAAAUGGUAAAAAAGAUGGUAGAUGGGACAUUCAAUAUAAAGGAGAAAAAAUGUAUAUACUUUGUAAUUUAUUAUGCUUUAGUGGUGGAGGAUUCUAUGAUGAAAGUGGAAGUGAAAUAAAGAUUGGGAAAUGGAUUGAUAUUAGUGACACAUUCAAAGAUAAUUCAUAAGUCACUUAUAAAGGGGAAUAUAAAAGUGGUAAAAAAAUUGGUUAAUGGUUCAUUUAUCAUCAGGGUGAAUAAAUGUAAAUAAUUAUUACUAUUUGUUCAUCUACUUGCAUUAGUGGUGGUGGGCUAUAUGAUGAAGUUUAUGGUGACAUUAAGCUUGGCAAAUGGACUGAUAUAAGUGAGAUAUUCAAAGAUAAUUUAUAGAUUAUUUAUAAAGGGGAAUAUAAAGAUGGUAAAAAAGUGGGCCGAUGGGACAUUUAUUAUAAGGGAGAAUAAAUGUAAUUGUUAUUUUCCUAUUUAUUCUUUACAUAUCUUAGUGGUGGUGGAUCGUAUGAUGAAGUUGAUCGUGAUUUUAAGAUUGGGAAAUGGAUUGACAUAAGCGAAAUGUUUAAUGAUAAUUUAUAAAUCACUUUUAAGGGCGAAUUUCAAAGCAGUAAAAAAAUUGGAAGAUGGGAUAUUUAUUAUAAGGGAGUAUAAAUGUAAUUACUAUUUGUCCUUUAUAUGCUUUAGUGGUGGUGGAUGCUAUGAUGAAAGUGGAAACGAAAUUAAGAUUGGGAAAUGGAUUGAAAUAAGUUAGGCAUUCAAAGAUAAUUCAUAAAUCACUUUUAAAGGUGAAUAUAAAAGUAGUAAAAAAAUUGG